UUAUAAAUGUAAAAACCAUGAUCAUUGAAAAUAUAAACACGUGACAAGGUAAAUUUAAAUUUACGUUGAGGAAAUCUCAUAAGACAUAAUCUCUCAUUAGCAAAACAUAGACUACAAAGGAAGCACAUGAUCCAUUUUGGGGCUAUCCAACUAGUUGGAAUUAUGGCUUAAUGUUGGUGUACUUAUAUUAAAUUCUUGUCCGGUAGAAGGUCCUUUUAGUCCUGCUAAAAGAUUUGUCUUUUUUGGUAGAAAAAAGGAUUAGAGAACUCCAAAUGAUUGAGUAUUGGAAUGAUAUAUUAACACGUGUAAAGUCAGAUUCGACCAUUUUUUUGUAAAGAUAAGCCAUACCAAAAAAAAAAAAAAAAAAGGUAAAAAUUCCUGUGUUGUUUGGAUAAAUUAGCCCAAACACAACAGCUAUUCUUCCAAGCACUUUUAAAAAAAAUCCAUUUUGAAAAAAUAAUAAUUUGAAAACAGUUAAAUUUUAAAAGUUUGGCCAAAUAAUGAGUUAUUUAGGACUAGUUUGGCCAUGAGAAUUUUCACUUUUUCCGAAAAAAAAUUUCACUUUAUUUGAAAUCAGUGUUUGAUCAUGGAAAUUUCAAAUACAACGAAAACUCUGUUUUCACUUUCUUUUCACCUUUUUCACUUUGUACAUUUAAACAGUCAAUUCUUUGCAAAAAAUUAUAACCUAACAUAACUCCAUCUUUAACUCUAACUUCAAAAUUCUAAAAAAAAAAAAAAAAAUGGUUUUCAUGAACAAACUGCUGCUUAGCCUCAAUUGGAGAACUAGAAGUUUGGCCACACAAUGAGUUAUUUAGCCUUAAUUGAAGCCUUCUUUUUGGUAGGGUCUAGGAAUCAUACAAGAUUCUCCUUAAAAAAAUAAGUACAAUAAAACUGAUUCUUGCUACCCACGUGCUUAGGCAAAAAAUGAAACCCUUCACAUAUUAGUAUUUGUCAUACCGCCGCCUGAAUAUUCAGCUCUAAGGGGCCCUUCUUCUGGAAGCUGGAAUCAGUCAGAACUCAUUUCAAACACCUUUUCAUUUACUUUUUCAAUCUUUUCCCUUUUUCCUCACAACCCCAUUUCUUGUAUUUUAUUACUACUGAUUAAAAAAAAUCCAUUGAAAAAACUUUUUUUUUUCUAUGUUACUUGUCAAAUGCAAUCUAAGAAACUCAUUUUUACACAGAUAAAUAAGGGAUAGGAUUGUUCUUUUUUAACCCAAUGCAAAGGACUAGGAGCUAAAUCAAAGGUGGAGUCUUGAAGGAUUCUUGAAAAAAAAAAAAAAAUUGGGUAUCUGAAAAUGCUUCUUUCACAGCAUUUCAAGAUUCAAUUUUUUAGACACCAUAGUUCUCAUACUGAGUAUAUAGCUCAUGGGAAAAGCUUAAAAGUUCCAAGCUUUAAGCAACUACUCUAUAAGCCCACUAAGGGCAUAAAUAUAGAUAAAAAUCUAUGUCUACAUACAUUUAGGUGUGUAAAGCACAAAUCUUUAGCUGUCUCUUUAGAUGCAGCUAGUGAAAGUUGCAAUCUUGAACAAAAAUUUGAAGUGGCUCAAGAAAGUUGCAAUCUUGAAAAAAAAAUUGAAGUGGCUAAAGAAAAAAGCUUUUGGGGUGCUGUAAGUUUGGUUGUUGGUACAGCUGUAGGGCCAGGAAUGUUGGGAUUACCUGCAUUAACUGUAAAAUCUGGUCCACUUCCAUCAACUAUAUCCCUUUUAUUGACUUGGGUUUAUGUCAUUUCCUCUAUUAUUCUUGUAGCUGAGCUUAGUUUUGCAGCAAUGGAAGAAGAUGGUGUUGAUGAAGUUAGCUUCACUAGUCUUGCAACUAAGGCAUUAGGCAGCAAAAUUGGAUCUUUUGUUGCUUUGGUUUAUGCUUCACUAACUUUUGCUUUGUUGGUAGCUUGUGUUUCUGGCAUUGGUUCAAUAAUUUCUCAGUGGUUUCCUAAAAUCAAUCCAAUUCUUGCAAAUGGGAUAUUUCCAUCACUAGUUGGGAUAGUUCUAUGUUUGUUACCUUUUAAGGUUAUUGAUGUGACAAACAGGUGCCUAUGCAUUAUAAUGCUUUUCUCCAUAACAGCAUUAGUAGUAAUUGGAGUAUUUGUUGGGAGAAUGAGUAUUCUUGAUUCUUUUGGAUUUGCUUCUUGGAGAUUUUCCUCAGUCUUGCCUGCUAUUCCUGUGGCUGUACUUACAAUGGGGUUCCAUGUAAUUACACCAUUCAUUUGUAAAAUUGCUGGAAACACUGUACAUGAUGCUAGAAAAGCAAUAAUUCUAGGUGGGGUUAUUCCUUUAGUUAUGGUUGUAUCAUGGAAUUUGAUUGUUUUGGGACUUUCUGGGAACAGUGGUUCAUUUGUGUCGAGUGAUCCAAUAUCGCUCUUGCUGUCUGUUAAUUCCUCUGCUCUACCAGCAGUUCAAGGUUUUGCAUUUUCAGCAUUGGCUACUAGCUUGAUAGGAUAUGCUGUUAGCUUCCCGAAGCAGGUUAUCGAUACCUUGGAUUUGAUCUUUACUAAUUCUAGUCCAUCUAGAGUAGGCAAAGUUGGUUCAGCCAGUUUCAGGUUGAGGCAAAAUCUUGGAAAUGCAGGGAAAGUCUCUUAUGAUGCUUCAGAAGUUAGAAAGGAAUAUGGUUUCAAAUCUUUGCAAAGCAUUGUGAUGCCUUUUGUACUAGCUUUGCCAGUUCUCAUUGGUUCUUUCUUUCCUUCAACAUUUUCAAGAGCUCUUGAUUUUGCUGGGAUUUACGCGAACUGCUUUCUGUUUGGCAUCCUUCCCCCGGUGAUGACAUACAUUUAUCAGUACAGGAGAAAACUCAGGUUAGGGAUCCUCCCAGGAGGAGAUGGUGUUCUACUACUACUUUUAACCAUAUCUGUUAUUCUAGGCAUUUGGCAUUAGUCUUGUACUUCUCUGCUAGCUAGACUUGCACUAUCAAUACAUGUAAUUUUCCUAAUUCUUGAAGGUUCAA